AUGGAGGUGUUUCUCCGGCGCCAGCAGGCGGCCAAGGCGAAGAGACGGCCCCGUCCUGACCCCAGAACUGCUACUGCCACCACUACCAAAACAUCGUACCGAGGCCACCCGUUGCGUCAGGUGAUCACGGGAAUGCAACCGGCGACCCCCGAGCCGGACCACUCCGCGGUGUUUCCGUCACUGCCACGGCAACGGAAGCGACCCCAUCGAGUGUUUAAGCGGCACCGCCGUGCCUCGCCUCCCAGCCACUGUCUCGACGAAUUCCUCAUUCCAAUUGGUAAUGAAGAGGAUGAAAUUGAGGACGAAAUUGAGGCUGAGAUUGAGGGGAAAAAUCAGAAAAUGGGGUCGUGGCCGUUGGCGUUCACGUCGAUGCCCACGGCGACGCGGUGGACGCAGCGGAAUGUCGACGCGUUGGCGAUUCUCGGCGUGGGUCUAGAUGGUAACAGUACAGGUGUGUUUGGUCCGGUAUACGAAACGGUGCUGCCACCUGACGUGUACUCACGUCCGCAGGUAAAACCCCCGCUAUGGGCCUGCAACUGGUGA